GCCAUAUUGUUUAUUUGGAGUUCGAGUACCGUUGAGGACAUUUCCCUUGCAAGAAACCUAGGGAAUUAUAUAUACGAAGUAAAAUGGGCUUGUUGUCGUUGCUCCGUAAACUUAAACCGGGAGACAAGAACAAAGAAUUGAAAAUUUUACUACUUGGCUUAGACAACUCGGGAAAGACAACUCUACUUAAGAAUCUUGCAACGGAAGACGUACAGCAUGUCACACCAACUCAGGGUUUUAAUAUCAAGUCGGUUCAAGGAACGGAUGGCAUUAAGUUGAACGUUUGGGAUAUCGGAGGUCAAAGGAGAAUUCGUCCGUACUGGAGAAAUUACUUUGAUGAUAUAGAUGUGCUGAUUUAUGUAGUAGAUAGUUCAGACCACAAACGCAUGGAGGAAACUGGAUUGGAAUUGGCAGAGCUAUUGGAAGAAGAAAAACUUCAUGGUGUUCCAGUAUUAAUAUUUGCUAAUAAGCAGGACCUUUUGAAUUCAAAAAAGGCUGAUGCAAUUUCAAGUGAUUUGAAUUUAAAUGAUAUUAGAGAUAGACAAUGGCAAAUACAGGGUUGUUCUGCACUUAAUGGAGAAGGUGUACAGGAUGGAAUACUGUGGAUACAAAAGAACAUGGCAAGGAAGUAAUCAAAUCAAUUGAAGAGUAUUUAUCAUCCAGCUACGUACAUUUUUAAAAUGGAUAUAGACAAUAUAGACAUUGAAUGUGGAAGGGGAGGGAAGUGAAUUUCUUUGCAAUAACUAUUCAAUCAUAGCCUUCAUGUAAGAGAUGUCRGGUUUGUAGAAUUUGUGAAGGUAUGCUUAAAGGAAUUGUUCUUGAUGAACCGAACUUUGAAUUAUUGUCAUUAUUUAAAGUGCAAAUGAACUCCAAUUUUUCUAAAUUGUAGGAUAAUCUAUCGUAUUAAAAUUUAGUAACAUACCGCAAAAACAUUUUGAAUUGGAUGAAUUCCCGAUGUUUAUCGUUAUUUUGAAUUUCCCGCCAGUUCGGAAAAAUGCGCUCUCUUUGAAAUCAGGGGCCUGGUGCGAAUAUGACGUCAACUAAGGAAUCAUCUCUCACAUUUCCGGGGACUUUCAAAGUAAAUGGUGGAGAUUAUAAGGAAUUCAUUACUGUUCCAAACGCCUUAGAAUUAUAAGCCAACUUUAGAUAAUAUUUUGUCAAUAUAUCAAGCGAUGUGAGAACGUUGUUUCCUUAGUUGACGUCAUACUAGGCUCGAUUCAGGCCCCUAUGAUAGUUCGCSGCCAUUUGGGAAUGAUCGAAAAUUUAUUAACUUUAAUGAUUCACAAAACAACAAGCUUUUAACCGAUYUCCAUGAAUGCACCAAGAAGAAUUUUAUUUUUCCAUGGUGGUUUUCYUGAACUUUGGAAAAAAUASAGUUCAUUURCACUUUAAGUUCCAUUAUUGUAUGCAAGGAUUUUGACACAUUAAGGCACUUUUGMAAGACAGGCAAAGUUUAUUGGUAUGAAAAAAAUUGAUAUCAGAUUUUAUUGUGGCUACAUUAUCUGCUCCAUGCAACACAUGCAUUCAUAACAUUCCAGGACUUUCAACUUUUUAAUGUUAAUACUAACUAAGCUGUAUUUCAUCAAUGUAGCAAUGCAUGUAUAAGAUUAGGCAAAACAUUCCUAGUUAUAUGGUUAUGACUUAUCAACUAUAAAUUAUUUAAGGCAUCCCUAUGAAAGCUGAUUAGGUAUUUGACGUAAUGUUUAAAGUUCGGAMUGGACGGGAUUUCAAGUCCAUAAAAUUAGUUUCUGUCCAAGGCAUUAUGCACGACUUCUCAUACUCAUUAAUUAUUUGGGCGAAGGAAAUAAAUAUAACAGAAAUAUAUUGAUUCAUUGCAUCUCCACCGAGGUUUUCAGUUUUUCAUAAUUUUGAAUACAUCCAGCACCUUUUGUUGUUCUCCAAUUCCCAAAUGGGUUUCUGGAACAAAAGCUAUUCAAAUUGUCUUUGCUAUUCAUGGCAUUCCUAAUUCAUGCUAAAUUGAUUAUUUCUAAUACUUUAUUAUUAGCUAGUGAUAGUUUGAAAAAAGGUAGAAAGUAACUGGAAAUAAGGUAGAAGUAACUGGAUACAAGGUAGAAGUAACUUCCUCUGGUUUCCAGUUACUGCACGUGGUAGAAAUUACAAUCAGGAUUGGCUGGAUACGUCAUGAAUAAUUAAUAAGUAUGAGAACAUUCUUUACUUAACCAUGCUGGAUGAAAUUUUCUCUGUAAAGAAAUUAUUUUUCAGAGGGUUCCAAACCACCCCUGUGGCCUUUUCUUUUACCUUGAUAAGACUGAACAAAUUUUGUCUCGGCUGAGACAAAAUGUCACUUGUCACUGUUGUCAAUAAAAGAUUUUCUCUUGAAACAGAAACUUUCACCUGAUCACUUGUAAUUCACAAUUUAAUUAAGAUUUUUGAAUUGUAUUUAUGUUCAUUUUCUUUAAUAUUAUGAUAAUAUUGAAAAUAGUCAUGUUUUUGUUUGUUAUUGGUAAUCAAUCACUAUGUUCAGUUACAGCAUGAUGUCAAGUGUUCUUUUUGAUAUUGGUUUGUGAUGUCAUACAUCUUAAAUGAAUAAUAAAAAAUAGAUUUAGCUAUAGAAUGA